AAAAACCCACAAAUUUUUGACGAUUUGGGUAGUUCAAUAGGAUCAACCAAUGAAGAAGAAUUUACAGAUGAAUAUUACGAUGGCAAUGUUUUUGAUAAUAACAGAACCAAUAAUGUCAAAUUUAAUAAUAAUAAUAAUAAUAAUAAUAAUAAUAAUAAUAAUAAUAAUAAUAAUAAUAAUAAUAAUAAUAAUAAUAGUAAUAGUAAUAGUAAUAAUGGUAAUAAUUGUAAUAGUGGAGAUAGAUGUGAUAUUCCAUACUGUUUGGUUUGUGAAAAAGGAACCCCUCCAAGUUUUAAAUUGGUUAAUCCUUUUUGGACACAUAUUUUAUAUUUGGUUUUAUAUGCAUUUUGUAAAUCAUGCGAGAUUUUAGAGAAAACAGAAAAGCCAACAUUUUGUGUAGUUUCGAAAGGGGUAAGAUAUUUUAAACUUCAAACUAUUUAUAAAUAUAUUGAUAGGCAUUGGGAUUUAAUUUGUUUCAAAGAUAAAAAGACAUGGAAGAAAAAAGUAGGAAUGAAUCUGUCUCAUUACCCUCAUCUCUUUGAAAAUGGACUAGCAAACUUUCACAUAUCUGGUUAUUGGUCACUAAAAAGGAAACUAGAUUUAGAUCCAUACCAUAUGGAUUUUAUUAAUAAUUUCAAAUAA